AUACUCAGCCAACAUGUCCUCAUCAGAUGCUAAUAAUGGUCCGAGCCAAGCACCUCCUUUUCCUGGUGUCCCACCAGCAGGCAUGCCGCCUCCUUUUAUGGGACCACCUGGAAUGCCGCCUCAUUUCCCUCCCAUGGGAAUGCCCCCAAUGGGACAGAGGCCCCCCACCAUGACUCCCGGCAUGCCACCUGGUAUGAUGCCGCCCAUGAUGCCACCGAUGGGAGGACCGCCAAUGGGACAGAUGCCAGGCAUGAUGCCGCCUAUGAUGCCCGGGAUGAUGAUGCCACCUCGCAUGCCAGCUGCGACACUGCAGCCAACAGGACCGCCUGGUGUAAGCCCCGUUGACAGUGCUGCCUCCAGCGCUUCUACGACAACUCCAAGCGCAACUGCAAACGACUCUCCACAAGAUGACCAACCAAAGAAGAAGGUGUGGACAGAGCACAAGUCUCUGGAUGGGAAGAUCUACUUCUACAACACCGAGACUAAGCAGUCCACCUGGGAGAAGCCCGAUGAGCUGAAGUCUCCUGCCGAGCAAAUGCUGUCUAAGUGUCCAUGGAAAGAGUACAAAUCCGACACUGGCAAGCCUUACUACUACAACUCCGCGUCGAAGGAAUCUCGCUGGACUAAACCCAAAGAGCUGGAGGACCUAGAGGCUAUGAUCAAAGCGGAAGAGAACGGCACGGCUGAUGCAGCGGCUCCAGGAACCACGCCUACAGUUGCCAUGCCGGCACAGCCAGAACCUGCCAUCAUCGCGGCUCCGGUCGCCGACCUCGAGGCAGCCACCGUCAGCGUAACUGCUGCUGUGAUCGUCGAAGACCAGAUGUCACACAUGAUGAUUGCGCCAGCCAUGGAGAUCGCCACGGAGACACCCGUCAACAACAACGAAGAGCCGCCCGGGGUGGAGGCCCCCGUCAGCAAUGACGUCAACAAAGAGGAGCGCCCAGAGCUGGUGAAGAAGGUCUACAAGUGGAACACGAAGGAAGAGGCCAAGCAGGCCUUCAAGGAGCUGCUGAAGGAGAAGGGUGUCUCCUCCAACGCCUCCUGGGAGCAGGCCAUGAAGAUGAUCAUCAAUGACCCUCGCUACAGCGCGCUGCCCAAACUGAGCGAGAAGAAGCAGGCCUUCAACGCGUACAAGGUGCAGACGGAGAAGGAGGAGAAGGAGGAGGCGCGCAUCAAGUACAAGGAGUCCAAGGAGACCUUCCAGCGCUUCCUGGAGAACCACGACAAGAUGACCUCCACCACCCGAUACAAGAAAGCAGAGCAGAUGUUUGGAGAGCAGGAGGUGUGGUCCACCGUCCCAGAGAGGGACAGACUGGAGAUCUACGAGGAUGUGCUGUUCUACCUAGCCAAAAAGGAGAAGGAACAAGCCAAGCAGCUGCGCAAGAGGAACUGGGAGGCGCUGAAGAACAUCCUGGACAACAUGGCCAACGUGACGUACCGCACCACCUGGUCGGAGGCGCAGCAGUACCUGCUGGACAACCCCACCUUCGCCGAGGACGAGGAGCUCCAGAACAUGGACAAGGAGGACGCGCUGAUCUGCUUCGAGGAGCACAUCCGCGCGCUGGAGAAGGAGGAGGAGGACGAGAAGCAGAAGGGCCUGCUGCGGGAACGGAGGCGCCAGAGGAAGAACAGAGAGGCCUUCCAGAAAUUCCUGGACGAAUUGCAUGAGCACGGGCAGCUCCACUCCAUGUCGGCCUGGAUGGAGAUGUACCCCACCAUCAGCUCUGACAUCCGCUUCAGCAACAUGCUGGGCCAGCCAGGUUCGACACCCCUGGACCUUUUCAAGUUCUACGUGGAGGACCUGAAAGCACGUUACCACGACGAGAAGAGGAUCAUCAAGGACAUCCUGAAGGACAAGGGCUUCCUGGUAGAGAUCAACAGCACCUUUGAGGACUUUGGCUCGGUCAUCAGCUCAGACAAGAGAGCCACCACACUGGACGCUGGCAACAUCAAGCUAGCCUUUAAUAGCUUGCUGGAGAAGGCGGAGGCGCGGGAGAGGGAGCGGGAGAAGGAGGAGGCGAGGAAGAUGAAGAGAAAGGAGGCUGCGUUCAGGAGCAUGCUGAAGCAGGCCACACCGCCGCUGGAGCCAGAGGCCACUUGGGAGGGGGUGCGCGAGCGAUUCCUAAAGGAGGCUGCGUUUGAGGACGUGACCCUGGAGUCCGAGCGAAAGAGGAUAUUUAAAGAUUUCAUUCAUGUCUUGGAGCACGAAUGUCAGCACCAUCAUUCCAAGAACAAGAAGCACUCGAAGAAAUCGAAGAAGCACCACAGGAAGCGAUCACGCUCUCGUUCGGGCUCGGAGUCGGAGGAUGAUGAGUACCACAAGAAGAAGAAGCGCUCAACCUCCAAGUCUCCUUCGGAGCACUCCUCCUCCGGAGAGUCCGAGAGGAGCUACAAAAAGUCAAAGAAACACAAGAAGAAGGGCAAGAAGAGGAGACACAAGUCGGCCUCCCCCGAGUCGGACGCAGAGAGGGACAGGAAAGGGCGUGAGAAGGAGCGAGAGAAAGACAAAGAGAACGACAAGUCCAGGGGCAAGACACGCUCAUCGUCCAAACAGAAGUCCCCCAAGAGGAAAUCGGCCAAAGAGGAAGGGGGCUGGGAUACGUCUGGCAGUGAGCUGAGCGAAGGCGAACUGGAGAAGAGGAGACGGACCCUUCUAGAACAGCUGGACGCCCCCUAGUCUGUCUCGUGUGUGUUUUAACCCUCCCUGUGCCACCAAUGCAUUCCUCCUCUAGCUCUCUCCCUGUCCUGUCCUGUCCUCAGGCAACAUAGCGCUCAUCGCAUACGUGGGUCACAUCACGUCACAGCUCUCCUGCACUGGGCAGGGUAGCCGGACGCUUUGUUGGGGAAAGGCCCCUUUUUCUUUUUUUGUUCUUUUUGUUUCCUCCAUCAGAAAUGUUGUUAUUAUGUGACUCUUUGUGAUGCGAGGACACCAGAACUGUUAUUCAGUGACACAGAUUUUGCUUUUCUUUAGCUACUAUGUUGCCUUUUUUUAUUUUGAAAAGUCUUUCUCUUAUUUUUGUAGGUAGCCUUGUAUGUACGAUUGACCGUGACAUGACUAAUUUUAAAAACGAAGCCACACUGACUGUGACUGCCUUAUGGUUAGCAUUCACAUGCAAAUCAAUUUCCUGUGAAUAGUUUCACUGCUCUGAAAUCAUAUUCAGGGAUAAGCAUGUCUUAUCUGAAUCAUAGUGGAAAUGGACUUUUUUUGUGUUUGGUACCAAGCGACCUGGUUUGCGAGCAUCUUGGAGAAUAUUUUAAGUGUAAUGCCAGUAAUUAAAACAUUUGAAAUGGA